UGACACUUUACAUGAAUAGUAAUAUAGAAUUUAGAUAAAGCUUGUAGAGAGAACUCAAAACCUCCACUAAACCCUUUGAUAUAUGCCACUCAAUCCUUUCAACAACAUCUAAUUUCAUCAUCAAUGGAGACCUCAACCACAGCUUCGGCAUUACCAACUUGUAACUCCUUCGACCCACUUACCGACCAAAUCAAACAAAGAAUUCUAAAGAAAGGGGUUUUACCAACUCCCAAAAUCAUUCACACUCUCCGCAAAAAACACCAACAAAAAUCCCUCCGCAAAUUCAAACGUCUCCAAUCCGAGUCCUCAAAUGAGCCCUUUACUCAAUCUCAAAAAGAUGCUCUUUCUCAUGAAUUUUAUUUCCAAAACAUUUCUCAAGAGUACAGGGCGUUUUCCAAAACCAUUAAUUCAAAUUCCAACCACUCUAAUUUGGUGGGAAAGCCAUGGGAGCCCUUAGAGAAAGAGAAAUUGAGGGAAAUAGGAAGUGGGUAUGAAACAAAAGAGAAAAAUUUUACUGGGAAAUUGAAUUAUGAACAAUUGAAGGAACUGGGUCUGCUUUUUGAGGAGAGAAAGGUUGAAUCUUUGUCGUCAUUUUUGGAUGAUGAUGUUGAAUUGGAAGAUGGAAUUUUGAUGGAUGAGAGUCCAGGUGACUUGACUUUUUGCCGUCGAAUUAGUGAUGGUGAAGCAAUUAAGAUUCUUGUUAACAGGCUUAGUGUUCGUGAGAUCACAAGGAAGGAUUGGAAGUUUACAAGGAUGAUGAAACAGUCAGAACUGAAGUUUACUGAAUUCCAGUUGCUUAAGAUUCUUGGAGGGCUUGGUGAUCAGGGGUGUUGGAAACAGGCGAUGGAGGUUGUGGAAUGGGUGUAUAGUAGAAAAGAACAUAGACAUUACAAAAGCAGGUUUGUUUACACAAAACUUCUGGCAGUUCUUGGGAAGGCAAGAAAGCCAGAUUUAGCUCUCCAAGUCUUCGAGAAAAUGCGUUUAGACUGCCACAUCUAUCCUGACAUGGCUGCAUACCGUAGUAUUGCUGUUACUCUCGGUCAAGCUGGGAUGGUCAGGGAGCUGAUGAGCAUUAUCGAGAGCUUGAAGGAGAAGCCAUCUAAAUAUAUUAAGAAUAUGCGUUCCAAGAACUGGGAUCCCACCCUUCAACCUGAUAUAGUAGUAUACAAUUCUGUAUUGAAUGCUUGCGUCCCGUCCAAUCAGUGGAAGGGAGUCUCAUGGGUGUUUGAACAGUUGAGGAAGUCUGGUCUAAGGGCAAAUAGUGCUACUUAUGGACUUGCAAUGGAGGUGAUGUUAAAGUCUUCAAAGUUUGACCUAGUUCACCAGCUGUUUCAGAAAAUGGCAAAGAGCGGCAAGUCUCCAAAUGCUCUUACAUACAAAGUUCUUGUGAGAACAUUCUGGAAGGAAGGUAAAGUUGAGGAUGCGGUGAGGGUAGUUAGGGAAAUGGAACAAAGGGGAAUUAAGGGAUCAGCUUGUGUGUACUAUGAACUAGCUUGUUGCCUUUGCAACAAAGGAAGGUGGCAAGAAGCAAUGAUAGAGGUUGAGAGGUUAAAAAAACUGCGACUUUCGAAACCAUUGGCUGUGACCUUCACUGGCAUGAUCAUGUCUUCUAUGGAUGGUGGGCAUAUUGAAGAUUGUAUAUCGAUUUUUGAGAAUAUGCGAGAUCAUUGUUCUCCAAAUAUUGGAACGAUAACUGCGAUGCUGAAGGUUUAUGCGCGUAAUGAUAUGUUCUUAGAGGUUAAGGAGUUGUUUGAAAAUGUCAAAGCUGGAAAUACAACUUUUCUGGGGGUUGAUGGCACUCCUUUAGUACCAGAUGUGUAUACUUACAGAGCAGUGCUUGAAGCAUCAGCUUCUGCACAUCAAUGGGAGUACUUUGAAUAUGUUUACAAGGAAAUGUGUUUUUCUGGAUACCAGCUUGAUCAGAGAAAACAUGCAACACUUCUUGUUGCGGCAUCAAAAGCGGGCAAGUGGCAUUUGUUGGAGCAUGCCUUUGAAACAACUUUGGAGGCAGGUGAAAUCCCAUACUCAAUGCUAUUCACUGAAAUGGUCUGCCAUGCAGUUGUUCGGGAUGAUUAUGUAAAAGCAGUCAACAUUGUUAACUCAAUGGCAUACGCUCCAUUCCGACUUGAUGAGAAAGACUGGACUGAUCUUUUUGAGAAAAAUAAGGAUAGGAUCAGUGAUGAACACCUCAAGAAGUUUUCAACUGCUCUUUGUGAAAGUAAUUUGCCAAAUGAAUCCACGGUCUCUAAACUGCUUAAUGCAUUGCAUUCGAUUUGUGGGUUGAUGCCAAAUGAAUUUGAGAAUGUUGAUAUAAAUGGAAGGGAUGGUUUAGGUAUAGUUGGACAUCCAGAACCAGCGAAUGAUGAAUUUGUCCUCGACAAAGUAUCUGCUGGUGAACCUACCGAUGGAAAGCGCAGUGUAGAUGAAUUUAAAGCCUUUUGUCCACAAUAUGAAUCCAAUGAAGAAGACAGAGCCGGUUCUUGUAGCAAGUCAUCAGGCUUUGUUGAUGUGGGUUCUGAUGGGCGUGGUAUGUUGAGUGAGGUUUUUUUACAUGUAGAUUUGCACUGUCGAGAUGAUUUUGAUGAAAUGCUACUUCCUGAUGCUCAGUAUUCGGAUGUUAGUGAUUCAGAUGAGCCAGACUUACCCUCAGCAGAUGAAAUAUUGCAAUCUUGGAAGAAAACCAGGAGAAAGAAUGGAACAAUUUCCUUUUCUGUUUAAGUUGGUUAUUGUUCUGAAGACGACUAGCUUUUACAUAUUGCGAAUGCCAUGUGUUGUAUGUAAGAGAAAUGAUUAACUGAUGAGUGAUGUUCAUCAAUGAAGCUUGUGUGAGCAAAUUCCAAUAGUAACAGUUUUCUUGAUGGAAAUUUGUAA